AUGCAGAACGCCCCUAAUAUCGGAGAGCUUACGACGCCCGGGAAAUGUCUUGCGGAUUUUUCGCUGGUUCCGAUCGGAGAUAACUCGACCUCAUAUGCUCAGCAGAUUGCCGCUAUACAGCGAUUGUGCGAGAGAUCCGGUGUGAAAUACUCCAUGCAUGCUACAGGAACCACGCUUGAGGGACCUUGGGAUCAAGUCCAACGAGUCAUAGGCUGCGCUCACUCUCUGGUCCAUCAACAAGGAACGGGAAGAAUACAAACGGAUAUCAGGCUCUCGACAAGGACGGACAAGCCACAAAGUAUUGAAUCGGAGAUUGCGUCUGUCAAUAAGGUCCUAGCGACUUGA